CUAAUCUUAUGGAGUUUAGCUUCUAGAUGUGGUCCUCAAAUGUGAAAAUAGAUCCUAACAUUUCUGUCAUUUUAUUAACCACAAACAUUUUUCUUUCUAGCCCUGAAUUGUCAUCUCCAGCUCCUACUGAUGGUACUUCAACAUUGGGAGGUGCUGCUCUCAGUGUUUCAUAUCCAGGAACUGCCUCCUAUGAAGGUGCCUCAGAAAGCAGCUUGGAAAGGCCAGAGGAGAGUAUUAGCAAUGAAAUUGAGAAUGUGAUAGAAGAACCCACAAAGCCAGCAUCUGAACAGAUUGCAGAAUUCAGUAUCCACCUUUUGGGGAAACAAUACACGGAAGCACUACAGGAUCCUUCCAGCUUUCACCAUCAGUACCUUGUGGAAGAGUUUAUUUCAGAGGUUGAAAGUGCAUUUAUUGGUUUACCAGGCUACAAGGAUAUUGGCGUGCUGGAAUUUAGGUCCCCCAAGGAAAAUGGCAGUGGUAUAGAUGUUCGCUAUGCAGUUACCUUCAAUGGCGAGGUCAUCAGCAAUACCACCUGGGACCUAAUCAGCCUUCACUCCAACAAGGUGGAAAACCAUGGCCUUGUGGAAUUGGAUGAUAAGCCCACUGCUGUUUAUACAAUUAGUAACUUCAGAGAUUAUAUUGCUGAGAUACUACACCAGAACUUUUUGUUGGGGAACUCCUCCUUGAAUCCAGAUCCUGAUUCCCUCCAACUUAUCAACGUGAGAGGAGUUUUGCUUCCUCAAACUGAAGACCUAGUUUGGAACACCCAAAGUUCAAGUUUCCAGGCGACGCCAUUGUCUAUCCUGGAUAAUACCCUUCAGGCUGAAUGGCCUUCAGCAGAUGAAUCCACCACCAGCAGUAUUUCACCACUUGAUUUCAGCUCUGGUUCUCCCUCAACCACUGGCAGGAAAGCCUGGUCAGAAAGUCCUUUGGGUGAUUUAGUAUCUACCCCCAAAUUGGCCUUUCCCUCGAAGGUGGACCUCAGUUCUUCCCCCAAAGUUUCAGAGCUUAUCCACUUGACUCUUCAUUCUGUCACCCCAGCAGUGCUUCAGACUGGCUUACCUGUGGAUUCGGAGGAAGGGACUUCUGGAUCUCACUUAGAAGAUGGAUUAGCCAAUGUUGAAGAGUCAGAAGAUUUUCUUUCUAUUGAUCCAUUGCCUUCAAGUUCACUCACUCAACCUGUGCCAAAGGAAACCAUACCAUCUAUGGAAGACUCUGGUGUGUCCUUGACGUCCUCACCAUAUCUGACCUCCUCUGUCAUCUUAGAUCUUCUUGAUAAAGAAGUAACUCUACCUUUUGGCUUGGACUCCAAAGUCAAAGGCCAAUUAGAACAGAGCACUUUGCUGCCAGAUGCAUCCAUGGAAGAAGAAUUUAUAUUUGAGAGCAGUUUAGGUUCAGGAUCUGGGCAAAAGGAGGAUAUGAUUACUUGGCCAUGGACUGAGACUUCAUUAGAGAAGAUCAUGGAACCACUUUCCAAGUCAUGGCUUGAAGAUGAGGAUUCACUUUUGCCAACUGAGGAUGUAGAUGAGAAACUAGUUGUGGAUGACAAAAUGGAUUCCACAGACCAAAUUAUUGAGCAUUCAAAAUAUGAGCAUGAUGAUAGAUCCACAGACUUUGCAGAGGAAGAGAGCCUUCAUGGACCUACCCUUGGUGGACCUACUGUGCCCAUCUUUGCAGAUACUGAAACUCAGUCUGCACCUCUGAUCCUACCCAAGCACACAUCAGAGGUACCUGACAUUGACUAUUACUCAGUUACCAAAGCACCUCUUCUAAUGGCAUCUAUAGCAAUCUCUGCUUCUACUGAUAAACGUGAUCAAAUAGAUGCCUUCCUAAAGGGGGAUAUGGAACAAACUACAGAGUCACCCCACCAGGAAGGGUUUGACAGCAAGGUUUCAGUGGUGAAGCCAGAUAUACAACCUUUGUGGACCAUAUUGCCAGAAUCAGGUAUAGUCUGGACAAGAACUUCUUCCCUAGGAAAAUUGUCUGGAGAGACACUGGCAAGUACACCGCAGAAUACUGACAGACUCUGGUUGAAAGCUUCCCUGACACAGUCUACCGAAUUGCCUCCAACCACAAGCUCCACCCUGCUGGAGGAUGAAGUAAUUAUGGGUGUACAGGAUAUUUCAUUAGAACUGGACCGGGUAGGCACAGAUUACUAUCAGCCUGAGCUAAUCCAAGAGCAAAAUGGCAAAGUUGGUAGUUAUGUGGAAAUGUCUACAAAUGUUCGUUCCACAGAGAUGGCUAUUGUGGCUCAGCCCACAAAAGGAGAUGACUUGAGCUAUACCCAGACUGCAGGAGCUUUGGUGGUUUUCUUUAGCCUCCGAGUGACUAACAUGAUGUUUUCAGAAGAUCUGUUUAAUAAAAACUCUUUGGAAUAUAAAGCCUUGGAGCAAAGAUUCUUAGAAUUGUUGGUUCCCUAUCUCCAAUCAAAUCUCACAGGAUUCCAGAACUUAGAAAUCCUGAACUUCAGAAAUGGCAGUAUUGUGGUGAACAGCCGAAUGAAGUUUGCCAAGUCUGUCCCUCCUAAUGUCAACGAUGCUGUAUACAUGAUUCUGGAAGACUUUUGCACCACUGCCUACCAAACCAUGAACUUGGCUAUCGAUAAAUACUCCCUUGAUGUGGAAUCAGGUGAUGAAGCCAAUCCUUGCAAGUUUCAGGCCUGCAAUGAAUUUUCUGAGUGUCUGGUCAAUCCCUGGAGUGGAGAAGCAGAGUGCAAAUGCUACCCCGGGUACCUGAGUGUGGACGAACUGCCUUGUCAGAGUCUCUGUGACCUACAGCCUGACUUCUGCUUGAAUGAUGGAAAGUGUGAUAUUAUGCCUGGGCACGGGGCCAUUUGCAGAUGCCGGGUGGGUGAGAACUGGUGGUACCGGGGCGAGCACUGUGAGGAGUUUGUGUCUGAGCCCUUGGUCAUAGGCAUCACCAUCGCCUCCGUGGUUGGACUUCUCCUCGUCUCUUCUGUGGUCAUUUUCUUCCUCAUCAAGACUCUUCAAGCACAGUAUGUCAGGAGAGAAAGAGAGAGGCCUGUCAGCAGUCAGGCUGAUAGCCUCUCAUCCAUGGAGAACGCUGUGAAGUACAACCCUGUGUAUGAAAGCGAGACAGCCGGCUGUGAGCAUCCCUUCUACAGCUCUGCGAGCGGAGAGAUGAUUGGCGGCCUGAGCAAGGAAGAAAUCAGACAGAUGUAUGAGAACAGUGGGCUUUCUAGAGAGGAAAUCCAAGAAAGAAUGAGAAUUUUGGAACUGUAUGCCAAUGAUCCUGAGUUUGCAGCUUUUGUGAGAGAGCAUCAGAUGGAACAACUUUAACCAUAAAUCCUGUUUUGAGACUGAUUAGAGACCUGGAGAAGAUGGAGAUCACUUGUUAUCUAUGUCAUAUAACAAACCUGGAUUUUGAACUCCGUUGGAAAAAGAGUUUUCUAUUUAAAAAAAUUAAAUGUGGGCACAUGGUUUUUUUUUUUUUUUCCCCAGCUUAAAUUUUUAGAAUGUAGUAAAAGAUGUGACAGACUUCUACAAAGUCCGAAAGCUGUGUUUAAAGAAAUUCAAAACUGUAUGAGUUCUGGAAAGUAUUCUACAUGAAAAAAGCAAGACCUGGGGGUUAGGGCUGUAAUAGCUGUGUGCUUCUGAAUCUUUGAGGGUUUCUCCUAAGAGUUGUGCUUCUGGUUUUCCAGAAGGAAAACAAGGUGAGACUAUUACAAGGAGAAGUCACGCUUACUAAGUGAAUAUUUUGUAACAUAUUUGUUAUUGUCAGGUGGGAUAGGGAAGCCCUUGAAGUAGUCUUAAUAUAGUUUAUAGUCAGGCAUUCAUCUAAAUAAAAUGUUAAGUUUUG